AUGGGCGACAUCCACGAAUCGACCACAGCUAAGCGUCCCGGCAUUGCAAUCGUGAUGCCAAAAUUGCAAAAAGACACGCAGGAGAACAGAGCUCUCUUCAGGCGAUGGACAAAGCUGCACACGCGCGACAUCCUUUCCCUCCCCAAGGACAAAGACUUGGGUGGAGUAUCGAUGGUACUGCGUUACACUCGCACAGAUGAAGAUGGUGGGGAAGAGUACUUCCUCACCAACCACCUGGACGACGUUCGGCUCCUUGGAUCGACGCCGUUCCAGAAGCUGCCACACCGUCUGGACCUAGAGAACACACGGGCGUUGGAGGAGGGCGAGGAAGCUGUGCUUGGACCUGGAGAUCCUAGGGUUGGGACAGAUCCAACGGUGCUCAGCAUUGCUGCGCCUGUGGCUGGUGUUUUCGAGGAGCACACGGACAUUCACGCGACGAAAGUUGAGCACGAAUCAUACCAAUGCAUUCCUGCGGAUGUCGUCAUGCAAUCGCAGGCACAGGAUUGUGAGCUCGUCACGCUGACCAUAUCUUCUACUACUCCAAUCUCCACGUCCGCACAGAUCGUGCAGAAACUCCAGGCUUCUCUGGUUUCCUUCCUUGCUACUAUAUCCCACCGAUCAAUCUACUCAACUCUGUAUCGCCAUGCUCCAUAUGCGAAACCCGAGGCGAUUCCAAAGCUGGCAGACGGUCAGCAUGGCAACGGAGAUUGGGUUGUCUGCGCAUUUGUUGGAGGGGACGCAGACAAGGAGUUGUUGGAAGCCGGAUUGGAGGGCUUGGAAGGGCAGGUGGGAGAAUGGAAGAAGAGAGUGAGAAUCGAGGGCAGCCUGGAGGGGUUGGAGGUCAAGAUUGGGGUGUGGAGGGGUGACAUCUUCAUGUCUGGAUGA